AUGGCCAUGGCUUGUGGGGAGGAGGACAGCAGAGCCAUGGGGGUGUGUGUGGAAGCCGGCAACUGGCCGGAGGGGGUCCGGCGCCGCCAUCUUGUUUACGAUCACCAUAGCAACCAGCACGCCCGGGCCGGAGCCGCCAUCUUGUUUGGCGUUUCCACAGCAACGAGAGCGGGCCGGCCGGGCCGGCCUGGAGCCAUGGCGGGCGCGGGGCGGCUGGAGGAGCUGGAGCUCAGCGCCGAAGAGGCGGAGCGGCUCCAACAGGCCUUCCGCGACGAGCAAUUCCGGGCGCUCUUCGCCGAAUACGCGGCGGAGCUGGCCGACCCGGAGCAGCGCAAGUUGUACGAGGAGGAGGUGGCGGCCCUGGAGCGGGAACGCGGCAUGGAGGUGCGCUUCGUCCACCCCGAGGCGGGCUACGUCCUGCGCACCAGCCAGGCCGCCCCCCGCCGCUGCUACCUCAACGUCUGCAGCAACCCUCAGAUCGGGGUCCCGCAAGCCCGCCCGGAGCCCGGCGGCCACCGCUGGGCCUUGCCUUACAGCCUGGCGCCGGGCCGGGAAGAGCUGGGCCGUGGCGGCCGCCGCCGCUUGGUCUACGAUGUGGUUUUCCACCCGGCGGCCCUCCGCCUGGCCGCCCGCAGCUCCCGCUUCCGCCGCCUGCUCAGCGACACGGCGCUGGAUGCGGUGGAGCGCCAUUGCGGCGUCCAGCUCGACCGCGCCAACGCCACCGUCCUCCGCGGCACCAAGUACAAGGGCGUCCCGCAGGCCCCCGUUAUCCGCACCCCGCUGCCCGGCGGUCCCCCGCCGCCGCCCGACGACAACGACUCCCCGCUCCCGCCCUUCCCCUUCCCUCCCGCCGCCCCACCGCCGCCGCCACCGCCUCCCGCCGCCGCCGCCUCCUCGGCGGCCCGGCCCGCCGGUCCCACCACCCCGCGCUGGAGCAUCCGCCACCGCUCCUACGUGGACCUGCAGGACUAUCGGUGCUGCCGCGACUCGGCGCCCAGCCCGGUGCCCCGGGAGCUGGUGGUGACGGUGGAGCUGCCGCUGCUGAGCUCCGCCGCCCAGGCCGCCCUGGAGAUCCGCGGCCGGGAGCUGCGCCUGGACUCGCAGCGCCCCGCCUACCGCCUGCGCCUCCGCCUCCCCUACGACGUGGACGAGAACGGCGGGCGGGCCGCCUUCAACAAGGCCCAGCGGCAGCUCCUGGUCACGCUGCCCGUGGUGCCGCCGCCUGCCCCGCAGGAACCGCCGGGCCCGGCCGAGGAGCGGCUGCUGGAGGAGGGGGAGGAGGAGGAGGCCGAGCCCGGCGCGGAGGGGGCGGCUGAGGCGGGCGGUGGAGCCGCUUCCCCGACUCCGAGCGCCGACCCCGAGCCCUCCGUGCCCGGCGGCCUCGGUUCAGCUCCGUGCCCUCCCCCUCGAGGGAACAGCCCCGACGAGAUGGUGGUUCCCCGGGGCUCCGACAGCCCCGAGGCCGCCGUGUGUCCUCCCUUCCAGUGCCGGCAGGAUGAGGCCUCCCUCACCCUGCUCCUCCAUGUGCCCGGCAUCCUGCCCCACAGCCUCAGCGGGGCCGUGGGCACGAGUCACUACAGCCUCCGCUUCUCCAGUGACACUGGCACCUAUGCCCUCUUCUUACAGUUUCCUCCCGCCAACAGGCUGGUGUCCCCUGAGACCAGCGUUAGCGUGUCUGCCCACAACGCUGCCAUCGGGCUCGCCAAGGCCCCCGGCUGCACGGGGCCCUGGGAGAAGUUCUGCUUCGGCCUUGACGCCUCCGCUCUGCAGGAGAGAUUGUUUGUCAGUGAAGAAAACGUUGAUGGAUUUCUAGGCACUGUUUUAUGCCCUUCCUUUUGCUCCCAGUCAGCACCGGAAAGUCAGCCAUUAAUUGAAGUGCUUGAUGUUACUGAGGACAGAAUUCAAAUCAGGUUGAAGCCGCAGGAAGCAGCCCCUUCGGGAGGGGAUGGUGGAGAAGAAACGCCCGGCAGCUCAGGAGAGGACCUCGCUGAGAAGACAAACGGUGACCACCCCCAAAUGAAGGCCGAAACAAACGGUGCCGUGGCUGACACAGCUGAAAGAGAACACGCUACAGAAACCAACAAAACUUCCACAUCCUCUGCAACAGCCCAAACAAUACAAGUAGGUUGUAGUUCACACCAUUGUUCGCAGCCUGAACCUUCCGACGCCGCUUCAGCGAUUCCUGGUGAGGGCAGGGGAGAGGAGCUGGAUUCAGAAAGCGCUGUGGCAGCAGGAGAGGGGGGAGAGGGGCCGGGGGGGGACGAGGGCAGAGCGGCCUCCCCGGUUCUCCGAGAGGUGAACAGCCGGGACGGGAGCGUGCGCAUCGUCAGGGAUCACGUAACGCGCUGCCCCCUCGCCUUUCAGAGUUCUUUGCUGUAUGAAUUGGACUAGUUUGAAUUAUUUGAGGAUUUCCUUCUGUUGUUUGACGCUCACUGUGACUCUCACGUGGUUGAUGGCUUCAGGGCUAAGAGCAGGGUUCCUGCUGAAACUCUCCUGUUUACACGACAACUUAAAAUACUUAGAUUUCUAAUAAAUUUUGAAGUUAACAAGCCUGAGUUUUCUGAUCCCAUCUGUGGGCUCAAACAGUUUUACUCACAAAAAAGAUGCUGUUGAAGGUGAAUCUGAGCUGGGAGAGGAAAACACAUCUUUAUUGUUUACACGACUGUUAGUCUCUUGCUCCGUUACAGGGAAUAUUUGUAUAUAUCCUUUUUUUUCUACCGGCUCCCUCGGGAAUUGCUGUGUUUAGCCCACCUAGAAAUGAGCAGCAUUCAUCAUUUUUUCAAACCUUUCAUUUUGUGCUAACUGCGGGAUUAGACUUGCACUGAUUUUCAGCAAUCAAAUGAAAUUUCUAAUUACAGGGAGAACUCCUAAUUAGUCUCCUAGAAAUAAUCAACAUGUAUACCAUGCAUUCCAUCCUGCCACGGUACUUCAGAGCGCGGCGCCCAGCCGUACCCCGCUCUGCCAACCCAACAAAUUCAAUUGUGCAAUAAAAACAUCCGUGUCUGCUCCCGA